ACCCGCCCUCAAUUUGUUCUUCCAUCUCCAGCCAAAUCAAACCCACCACCCCCGAAAUCGGAAGAUGUCCUCCGUGCUUGGCUACCACCAUCACCACCACCUACAACAACAACAACAACAACAACAACAGAAACCAUUCUCCGACUCCGACUCCGACUCCGACUCCGACACCACCAACAGCCAAAACCAACACUCCGCAGAUCUCACAAACUCAAUCUUCAAAUCCUACUUCGAACACGCCAACCACCAAUCCUUACAACCAACGCAACACGACCUAACCAAAAUCAAAUCCUUCCUAACCUCCUCCUCCUCCGGCGCUCUAUCAUGUCUCAUCUGUCUCGAACGCAUCAAAACCUCCGAUCCGACCUGGUCUUGCACUUCUCUCUGCUACGCCGUUUUCCACCUUAUCUGUAUCCAAUCCUGGGCUCGCCAAGCCUCCGAUCUCUCCGCUCUUCGGGCCUCCACGCGCCUCCCUAUCUCCUCUGAUAAAGCCGCUGAAUCCUCCACCUGGAAUUGCCCUAAAUGCCGCUCUGAUUAUUCUAGAUCUAAAAUCCCCAGAAAUUACCUCUGUUUCUGUGGCAAAGUCGAAAAUCCACCAAAUGAUCCUUGGAUUUUACCCCAUUCUUGCGGUGAAAUCUGUAACCGUCAGUUGAAGAAUAACUGCGGUCAUUGCUGUUUGUUACUUUGCCAUCCCGGUCCCUGCCCAUCUUGCCCGAAACUUGUCAAAGCGACAUGUUUUUGCGGCAAAACGACGGAUGUUAAGCGUUGCGGUUACAAAUUAUUUUCUUGUAACAAUAUUUGUAAUAAAUCAUUAGAUUGCGGGAUUCAUAGCUGUAAACAAAUUUGUCACGAUGGACCCUGCCCGCCGUGUAAUGCCCGCGGGGUUUAUAAAUGUUCAUGUGGAAGGAAAGUUGAGGAGAGGGAGUGUUGUGAGAGAGAAUUUAGAUGUGAGAAUCCUUGUGAGAAAUUGUUAGCCUGCGGAAAACAUGUGUGUGAGAGGGGGUGCCAUUUUGGGGAGUGUGGAGAUUGUCCUCUUCAAGGGAAGAGAGCAUGUCCAUGCGGGAAGAGACUCUAUGAAGGAAUGGCUUGUGAUAUUGUUGUGCCGCUUUGUGGUGGUACCUGUGAUAAAAUGUUGAGUUGUGGUUUCCAUAGGUGCCACGAGAGAUGUCAUCGAGGGCCUUGCAUUGAGACUUGUCGAAUUGUUGUCACCAAGUUGUGUAGGUGUGGGGGGAUGAAGAAAGAGGUUCCUUGCUAUCAAGAUUUGGCGUGUGAGAGGAAGUGUCAAAGAAUGAGAGAUUGUGGACGACAUGCUUGUAAACGUCGCUGCUGUGAUGGGGACUGUCCGCCAUGUGGAGAGAUUUGCGGCAAGAGGCUUCGGUGUAAGAAUCACAAGUGUCCUGCCCCGUGUCAUCGAGGUGCCUGUUCUCCUUGUCCUGUAAUGUUUACAAUUUCAUGUGCUUGUGGAGAGACUCAUUUUGAGGUUCCCUGUGGCACUGAGAAAGACCAAAAGCCUCCAAAAUGUCGUAAAUCAUGUGGAAUAUCUCCUUUAUGCCGACAUGGAUCAGAUUCUAAGCCACACAAAUGCCAUUAUGGGGCAUGCCCUCCUUGUCGAUUGCUUUGUGAUGAAGAAUACCCAUGCAGCCAUAAGUGCAAAUUAAGGUGCCACGGCCCCAGACCACCUCCUAAUCCAGAUUUCACAUUGAGGCCAAAGAAAAAGAAACCAAAUCAUCAGAGUGAAAGUACACCAGGAACCCCAUGCCCUCCUUGCCCUGAACUUGUUUGGAGGCCAUGUCUUGGCCAGCACAUUGGAGCAGAGAGAAUGAUGGUCUGCUCAAACAGAACCCAAUUUUCCUGUGAAAAUCUGUGUGGGAGCCCUCUUUCCUGUGGCAAUCAUUAUUGUACAAAAACUUGCCAUGCACUGAAGAGCCAGUCUUCAACUUCAUUGGUUCAAUAUAAAAGAAGCGAUUCUUGUGAAGAGUGUCAUCUUCCUUGUGAAAAGGAACGGAAACCUGCUUGUCGACAUUCUUGCCCUCUACCAUGUCAUCCUGGGGACUGCCCUCCUUGCAAAGUUCUUGUGAAACGAUCUUGUUAUUGUGGUUCUAUGGUCCAUGUUUUUGAGUGCAUAUAUUACAAUAACUUGUCAGAAAAGGAGCAAAUGGCUGCUCGUUCAUGUGGUGGAUCUUGCCAUAGGAAAUUGCCUAAUUGUACACAUUUAUGUCCCAAGACAUGUCAUCCAGGUCAAUGCCCAUCACCUGAGAAGUGCGCCAAAAAGGUCACUGUUCGUUGUCAAUGCCAAACCUUGAAAAAGGAGAUGCCAUGUCAAGAGGUUCAAGAAGCCUAUCACAAAGCAGGUUCCGAUCCCAAAGAUAUAUCUAAAAGUCAUUUUGGACUUGGACUUCUUCCUUGCAAUUCUGGUUGCAAGAGUAAAGCACAGGUUGUGGAUCAGGAAUUGCAUUUGCGUAAAUCCAAAGACCUGGAGGAGAAGGUUCCAGCCACUGAAAUUCAUCCACCGAAGCGACGAAAACGGCGUGAACAUUUACAAGAAACAAAGAAGACCUCACAACUGCAGAAAAUUGCUGCCACCAUGAAGUGGCUUCUUGUAAUAGUCACCCUUGUGGUGACUCUGGUGGCAGCUGCAUAUUUCGGUUACAAAGGUCUCAUGUGGCUCUCCGAUUGGAUGAAUGAAGUUGAAGAGCAACAAAGACACAGAAGAAGACAUCCACGAAUCUAACCAUUGGCAACGCUGUCAAUUGAGAGUCUUGAUCGAGUUACAUUGCUUGAACCCUGAUAGGCAUUUACUGGUUUUACCGAAGUUCUUUUUUUUUAUUUCUUACAAUAAAAUAAUUGUUGUCUAGUAAACUUGCUGGGGAUUUUGUUCGUGUGGUAGUCUUCUGCCUGACAUACCAAAGCGGUGGGGCAUCACCUGAUUUGGGCAGACAACGUGAUUUUUUAGGCAUGUAUUUGGGAUGUGGAUGCAGGAAUGGAAAAUAUCACUUUGACUAACGCAGCAAGACAUGAUUCUGAUAUGACUGUAUGAACAUGAUGAGAUGGACUGUAUAUGAUUUGCCCAGAUUAGGCCGAUUACAUGGACUGAAUGAUUUAAUUGA